AUGUCGCACCCGUCCCCCAAAACUAAGCCCUCCAGCCCCGGUAACCCCCGAGUCUUUUUUGACGUGGACGUCGGAGGCGAGCGAGUUGGUCGAAUUGUCUUAGAAUUGUUUGCAGAUAUUGUACCCAAAACUGCAGAAAAUUUUCGUGCACUGUGUACAGGAGAAAAAGGCAUCGGAUCCACCACUGGGAAACCUCUCCAUUUCAAAGGCUGCCCUUUCCAUCGAAUUAUUAAGAAAUUUAUGAUUCAGGGUGGAGACUUCUCAAAUCAGGAUGGGACAGGUGGAGAAAGUAUUUAUGGUGAAAAGUUUGAAGAUGAAAAUUUCUAUUAUAAGCACGACCAGGAGGGUUUAUUGAGCAUGGCAAAUGCAGGCUGCAAUACAAAUGGUUCUCAGUUCUUCAUCACAACAGUUCCAACUCCUCAUUUGGAUGGGAAACAUGUGGUAUUUGGCCAAGUAAUUAAAGGAAUGGGUGUGGCAAGAAUCCUGGAAAAUGUAGAAGUGGAAGGUGAAAAACCUGCCAAAUUGUGCGUUAUUGCAGAAUGUGGAGAACUGAAGGAAGGGGAUGACUGGGGAAUAUUCCCAAAAGAUGGUUCUGGUGAUAAUCAUCCAGAUUUCCCCGAGGAUGCAGAUAUAGAUUUAAAAGAUGUAGAUAAAAUAUUAUUAAUAACAGAAGAUUUAAAAAACAUUGGAAAUACUUUUUUCAAAUCCCAGAACUGGGAGAUGGCCAUUAAAAAGUAUACAAAGGUUUUAAGAUAUGUGGAAGGUUCAAAAGCUGUUACUGAGAAAGCAGAUACAUUGAAGCUGCAACCUGUGGCUUUAAGUUGCAUGCUGAAUAUUGGUGCUUGUAAACUAAAGAUGUCAAAUUGGCAGGGAGCAGUUGACAGUUGUUUGGAGGCUCUUGAAAUAGAUCCAUCAAAUACCAAAGCACUGUACCGUAGAGCUCAAGGGUGGCAAGGAUUGAAGGAAUACGACCAAGCAUUGGCUGAUCUUAAGAAAGCUCAGGAGAUAGCACCAGAAGAUAAAGCUAUCCAGGCAGAAUUGCUGAAAGUCAAACAAAAGAUAAAGGCACAGAAAGAUAAAGAGAAGGCAGCAUAUGCAAAAAUGUUUGCUUAA